AUGUCUCCAUCUUCCCAACGCUCCGUUCUCAUUACAGGAUGUUCUCAAGGCGGAGCAGGCAAUGCUCUUGCUCUGGAGUUCGCAAGCAGGGGCUUGAGGGUCUUCGCGACUGCUCGCUCCCUCACUUCAUUGACCAAUCUCACUGAAAAGGGUAUUGAAAUAUUCACCCUUGACGUCACCGUCCCAAAGAGCAUCGCUGCCCUCAAGGAAGAGAUUACCAAACGAACAGCCGGCAAGCUUGACAUUCUCUAUAAUAAUGCCGGCGUCAUGUAUGAGGCUCCAGCCAUCGAGGCCGAUCCUGCCCGCGUCAGGAAGAUGUUCGAUUCCAACGUCUUUGGCCUCUUUGAGGUCGUGGCAGCCUUCGCCCCCCUCAUUGUCGCUGCGGUUUCCGGUGCUAGUGCCACUCCAACCAUCGUCAACGUGUCCUCCGUCAUCGCCAACGUUCCUAUCCCCUUCUCGUCUGCCUACAACGCGUCAAAGGCAGCCGUGUGUUCAUACUCGGACACCCUCAGGCUGGAGAUGAGCCCGCUAGGUGUUCGAGUUAUGACUCUCUUUAUGGGCGAGGUUUCCACGGCCCUCAUGUCUACCGAAGCCAUCAACUUUGGGCCUGAGAGUAUUUAUGCAGACGUCGAACACAAGGUCAAGGAGAGAACUACGCGCCAUUUCAAGGUUUCCAUGACCGCCGAUGCCUUCGCCAAGCAAGUUAUUCCGAAAGUCUUAGACAACAACGGCCGCAGCUCCAUCUGGAAAGGUACCAAUGCUUUCGUUAUCUGGCUUCUCCAUACCAUUGGAGCUCAGAGCGCCUUCGACUUAAUUGUCAAGGGCGGUGUAGGAUUUGACGAUAAGAGCCUCGUCAAGAAGAUCUAUGAACGAGGCCAGCAACUCGCCAAGCAAAGCUUAGAGGUUAAGGUAGAACAUGGAACUUGA